AAACAAACAAUUAUCAUUAAUGUCAACUGAAUCCAUAAAUUUGGAAUCCCUCCAUCCAAAUGGAGCCGAAGACCUUAUUAUAAAGGGAGGGCUUGAUCAGUCUUGACAAUAAGAGAAAGCAUACAACGCCUUAUUCUAGCAAGCAUGGCUAGAAAUUCCCAAACUCCACUUCUCCUCCUUGUCCUUUCUACACAGCUGGUUCUAAUCAGGCUCUGUCAUGCCAGCGGCAUCGCCGUCUACUGGGGCCAAAACGGGAACGAAGGUACUCUAGCCGAAACCUGCGCCACCGGAAAGUACAAGUACGUGAACAUAGCCUUCCUCAACAAAUUUGGCAACGGCCAAACCCCCGAAAUCAACCUUGCAGGCCACUGCAACCCUGCAUCCAAUGGUUGCACCAUUGUCAGCAGUGGCAUAACAAGUUGCCAAAGCCAAGGAGUCAAGGUGUUGCUGUCUUUAGGAGGUGGAACUGGAAACUACUCUCUAGCAUCACCUGCAGAUGCUAGAGCUGUAGCAGAUUAUCUGUGGCACAAUUUCUUGGGUGGGAAGAAGUCAACUUCGCGUCCCUUAGGAGACGCCGUUUUGGACGGUAUUGAUUUUGACAUAGAGCUUGGUUCAACUCAGUAUUGGGAUGUGCUUGCAAGAAGCCUCAAGGCAUAUAGCAAGCCAAGAAGAGCUGUGUAUUUAGCAGGAGCACCUCAAUGCCCAUUUCCUGAUAAGUUCCUCGGGGGUGCUCUGAAUACAGGGCUCUUUGACUAUGUUUGGGUUCAGUUCUAUAACAAUCCUCAAUGUCAAUAUAGCUCAGGUAACACUGAUAACCUCAUUAACUCGUGGAACAAAUGGACCACGUCGAUAAAGGCAGGGCUGAUAUUUUUGGGGUUGCCGGCGGCUCCCGAGGCAGCUGGAAGCGGGUUUAUUCCGGCUACGGUGCUGAAUUCUGAAGUCCUUCCGGUGAUAAAGAAGUCACCAAAGUAUGGUGGUGUGAUGUUAUGGUCCAAGUUCUAUGAUGAUCAAAGCGGAUACAGUUCUUCCAUUAUUGAAAAUGUAUGACUUUGUAGUUCCAUGUUUUGUUUGGUAAAUCCAAAACGAUAAUAAUGAAUAAAUUCUAUUUGGCCAAA